AGCACACACCUGAAACUGUCACAAUGUUCCGGUGAAAUGAAAGUAACUGGUCUUUCAAACUUUGAUACUCGGCCAUUCCACCUAUUUCCCCCCACGAUAGUCAGCCGAGAGACAGAGAGGAUUGCACAACAGGAGGAUUUCUUCAUAUCUGUUCAACAGCGUUCUGCAGGCUGUUAGAGAAAAGUGAACUUUUUUUUGUAUUGCCACAGUGGGACAUCUGUACUCACUGCAACAUCUUUGAGAUUUUCUAGCAAAAAGGACAUCUGGACAAUAAGAUGUCGCUCUUGUGUUUCUCUUCUGGGUGAAUGGAUGCUGCUUCGAUACUGACUGAGGCCUGAGGAUGAUAGCUGGAUAUACACAGUCAGGUAUCAUCUGCAUAUUGGGAAUAAACAGAAAUGUGGAUUUUAUUUUUGGCUUUGUCCUAAUUGUGAAGCAAAACUGGAUGUCUAAGGCAACAUGUGGACAAGAGCAUGACUUUGCUGACUUUGUCAAACAAGUCAAAAAAGCAGAGGUAUUUAAAGAAUGUAUUUAAUUGUCAGUAAUGUCGGUGAGGCUGUUUUAUCCCCGGGGAGGACCCGGAGAGCAGAAGCUUCUGGGUGUGGAAGCAGUGAAGACUGAUGAGGAAGAAGACUGUUUGCAGCAGCUCUCUCUCUGUCCUGCCUGCAACCAGGGGUACGACACCGUCCUGUUCCUGCCGUGCUCUCACACCAUGUGUGCUCACUGUAUAGCAGCUGCAGAGGGAACGAGAUCAGGUCAGUCUCGUUGCCGCGGCGUCGACCCGACGGUCUGCUCUGUGCCGUGCCCACGCUGUCGACAUCCUGUGGAGCUGCCAUGCUGGACCUGGUCUUCUGCUACUUCCUGUCUCCCAAAGCAUGCCACCUUCAGCGGGGACACAGACAGGAAGGAGGGAGCAUCUGAAGAUCACCCUCAACAUGUGCAGGGGAACUCAUACUGCCGGGAUUCAGGUGACGUGACGGCACAGACCUGUUUACAUGGCUCCAAUACUGCCAGUUCCUCAGCAGCACCAGUGGAUGGCGUCGUAGACUUGCGAGAGGAGGAGAUGGAGCAGUCUGUCUUCGGACUAUGUUUUGCUCUGGACCCUUCAACUAUCCCUCCAUCCCUCCAUCUUUCCAACUCCUCCCUCACCGUCACCCACCAAGGAGAGAGCCCUCAUCCAGACGACAAGGCCAGGCGAUCAACUGCCUCUGACCCCUGGGCUACGCCGGCCCUCCCCCAGGUCUGCGCUGAUGUUGUCAUUGCACGGGGACAGUAUUACUGGGAGGUGGACGUCUGCAACAGCUCCGUCUACAGGAUCGGUGUCAGCUCACUGGAUGGUUCUGGCGGCUGGUGGCUUGAAAGACAAGGCCCGUCUUUUUGUGCCGUGUAUGAUGGGAGCCAUGAGCCGCUGUGCUCUGUCCCGCCUCAGGUCAAAACCCUCGGGGUCUUCCUGAACAUCGGAGGGGGGGCCCUGAGCUUCCACAACGCUCUGACCCGGGAGCACCUAGCCACCUUGCCUACUCGCUUUAACCCGGUCGGAGUCCUCCCGGCUCUGGGCCUGGGCCAGGGUCGACUGAGGCUGCGCUGCGGCCUCCCACCUCCUCCUCACGUGUUCCUCAGUAAGGACUCGGCCUACAGGGGACCUUGCUUUGCCAGCGGGGGCCGGUGGCGCAGGGAGAUUGCCUUCCAGUCGGUGAGGAAAGUGAUACAGAAGUUUGAGGAGCUGGCUGUGUCGGACUCAGACUCGGGCCUGGUGUCCAGUUUCGGAUCGUCCUGCUCUACCUUGGCUUCCCUUCCAGAUCCGGGCACUCUUGGGAUGUUUCCCUCUGGGCAAGCAGGACAGGAAACCGCAGCUGAAUAA